UUUGGCUACUCCAGCUUCCCUAAUUUGAAAGUACUUAUAUUUUCAUGGGAAACAACGAUCGGAAUGAAUGGCGGUUUCCAAGCUCGAUCACAUCUUCUGGGUUUCCCCUCACAAUCCAACUGAAACCAAUCGACCCCCAAAAUCAAAUCUUCCUCUCCUCCCCUUGAAAGACCCCUCAAUUCUCUCUCUCAAACACCAAAAUCAACAACUAAACCAUUCUCUCUCGGUGGCUUUCCCCGCGCUCGCAUUCUCCAACACCCUUUUCUUCGCUUCCAACGUUACGCUGGUCGUGGGUGAAGAUGAGCACGAAGAGAAGCUGAUCGGCCGCUUCCGCCGUGAGGUUCUCAAAGCAGGCGUGCUCCGGGAGUGCAGACGCCGCCGCUUUUUCGAGUGCAGCCAAGACAAGCGCAAGCGGAAGUCGCGCGAGGCGGCGCGUCGCAACCGGAAAAGGCGGCCACAGCAGCCAAAGGCCAAAGCAGAGACUUCAAACAAGAAGACACAAGAUACCAAUGACGAUGAUGAUAACUGGGAGUUUUUUGACAUAGAUUUACCCUAUUGUUGACUUCUACUCUGCAAAUCAAAGGUGCAACUGGAACUGCUCGUGUUUUUGUCGAAAGGGCAGAGACUUCGCUGGUAACUACCACAACCGUGUUAACUCAAGGCAUUAUAUGUUGAUAACUUGUUUAUGAAAUCAAACAAAUUCUGCUAUGAGAAAAUGUACUUUGUUGGCGUCUUCGUUUCUGAGAGUUGAAAAUGUGCUUGCUAACUCGUUGUGGUCGUGUAGUACUGAUCUCUGAUGUAAUUUGCUCCUUCAUCACUCUAUGAUUUUGCAUGAACUCUUCAUUUUAGGGGAUUACCAUGUUUAUGGCCAAGUAUUGCUUUAUUUUUGCA